CCCAGAACGAGGGACUUGUGGGGCGCGGCUCAUUCCAGCGCCACUUGCUCUGCAGCUUUCAGACGUGGCGGUUGUGCUACCAAGGCUGACCCUAUCAAUGGCUGACAAGAUGCUGCGCACCCCCAAGUGCUCGAGAUGCAGGAACCACGGCUUCCUGGUGCCUGUCAAGGGCCACGCAGGCAAGUGCCGCUGGAAGCACUGCCUCUGCGAGAAGUGCUACCUGAUCUCCGAACGCCAGAAGAUCAUGGCCGCACAGAAGGUGCUCAAGAGGCAGGCCGCCGAGGAGGAGCAGGAGGCGGCCCAGUGUGUGCCGGGGCCCGAGCAGGCCUCCGGGGCUGCGGCCGCCGCCCCUAGCCCCAUCCGCGUCCCAGGCCUCCGCCCACUGCCUCCGGGGACCCCCUCCGGAGACGCGGAGCCGGGACCCGAGGGUGGCGCGGCAGCUUGCGUCUUCGAGCGGCCCCCGCGGGGCCGGAGCCCCGGCCCGAGCGCCUUCCGGCCCUUUCUGGGCGGCCGCGGCCACGUGGGGCCGAGCGAGCAAGCCGCCGUGGCGGUGCCCAGCCCUGCGGGACCCCCUUUCGGGGCGGAGACCGCAGGUAGAGGCUGCCCCGGCCUCCUGGACCUGCGCAGGCCGCUGCGGCCUAUAUCCAGCCCGCCGUUCGCCGACUUCGGGCGCCAUCUGAGCAUCAACGCGGACCGUGCGCUGGGCCCUGAGUACCCCGGUGGCUCCAGCAUGCACCCCUACUGCCCGUUCCCGCUGGGCUACCGGGACGCCCCUCCUGGCGUCCCCCUGCAGCAGGGCUUCCGGCAUGUGUCCCGCAGCCAGUACCAAGGCGGAGGCUUGGCAUCGGAACCAGUGGGAGACUUCCAGCCAAGCUACUACCCGCCACCGCCGCCACUGCCACCCCUUCCACCUCUUCCACCGCAGCCCCAGUUCCUCCCACCAGGAUACCUCUCUGCCCUCCAUUUCCUCCCGCCCCCACCGCCACCACCACCUCCAUCAACUUUCUCCCUGACCGUCCUGAUUGAUACCGACAAAGAGAACACUGAUGACCAGGAUGCAGAGGUGCCGCCGGGUGAGCCCAGCCAGCCGUCGUCUCAGGAGCAGUCCAAAUAGGCCCCAGGCCUGCCCUCCCGGCCAGGAGAGUGGGGCACUGGGGACACCGGCAGUGAUUUUCUUGUCUGCAUUCAGUGAUAUGUGGGGAGGAAGGAGGUUGAUAGGCAUAGAUAGCAACUGAUUCCGAGUUCAAGUUGGGAGGGAGAGUGAUUUCUAAGUUUCUUUCAGUCCUGCGCUGUGCAGUGAAGAGGAAUGUGGAGGAAGCCAUUACCAGGGGAGAGCUAGGGCUCUGAGGAGUGGGCGGCUGGGAGAAGCUCCCAUUUAGGAAUGAAUUUAACUAUUCUUGGGUUGCACUGCCAUUUAUUGGAAUAAGCCCUAAGGCAGUAUUUGAUUUCCUCAGGCCCCACUCCAGCACAGGAGGCCCCAUCUAUUUCAGCCUUCUGCUGCCUUUGCCUGGUCCUCCAGGGCACUGGGGGGACAACAGACAUCAACAUUCCAGUUCAUCCAGGUGGCUGGAGCCAGCAGCCAGGACCAGGGUCGUUGACAGCAGGUUCUGCAGCGUCCUGCUUUGCUGCUCUGUCUUGCACAUCUUCCAGGCCACAGCCCCUUGCCCCUCCUCCAAGGGGCUUUACUAGCAAGCAUCCUGGCUGCUGGGGCUACUUUAUUUCCCCUCCAUAAAGUUUCAGUCAUAAUGGGCAUUGUUUCUGGUUUUAAAAAAUUUAUUAGUUUGACUAUUUGAUGUUUUUAUAGUGAUUGCCAACUUUAAAAAGUCGGCUGUUGAUAAGCACUGAGGCAGUCCCCAGGGAAUAGAAUGGUGCCUCUGAUCACCUGUGACAUGAGCAGUUUCUUCUCUGGGGGCAGCUGGCUACUGAAAUAAAAUGAGCAAUGGAAA